AGCUUUGGGCUUUGUUUGGGUGGCUCAAGGCACUUGUUCCAGCGGAGGGAAGUUGUGCAGCGGUUCGCAUUGGGUUCCCCCCUCAAUUCGCAAUGGUCAAGGGCAAGUCCAAAGGCAGUGAUGAAUUUGAAGAUCAACUGGCCGACAAAAGCUACAAGAGUGGGAUCCAGGAGGUGAUCAAAACAACGCCAGUUCAACCCGGUGACUUUGACAAAAAGGUGUUCUGCCUUUUGGAUGCUUUGAACGAGAAGGGCCGUGCCAUGGAGGCAUGCGAGAUCCUUCAAAACUCCCUUCGUGGAGUCCAGAGAAGGCGUAUUUCCAAUUGGAGAGGUUAUAUUUACAAGUUGAUUCGACAAGUCGAUGAAUCGGCGUACCAUGAGAUGAAGGAAUCAAGAGAGAAGGAGAAGGAGAAUGGCACCCGAAGAAGAAGCAAGAAGACCAAUGAGGGCAAUGAGGAAAAUGCAGCUUCAGCUCCAUCCAAGAAAGAGUUCAACAAGGGAGCAACCGAGUUCAUUCCGGGGAAACCUUGGAAGACUCCAGAAGUUCUCCCCAAGACUCUCCGCAAGGAUGCUGCGGAGUUUGUCCCCACAGCAGCCCAGCCAGCGCCCAUUUUUCCACCACCUUUGAUGCCACUUCCGGGUCCAGCUGCACCCUUUCCAAACAUUACCACACCAGCCUGGACAGCUUCAAAUGGAGCUGGACACAGAAAAACGGCUCAAACGCCCAUGAAACCUGAUGCGCAAGAAUUCUUUCCCGGAGUCUCUGCUUGGGCCGGUGCGAUGGUGAUGCCGAAAGGCAAGGCAAAGGCAAAAGUGAAACCCAAAGGGUCUCCAUCCCGAGCACCAGCCAAUGCAGCGCAACCAGUGUCUCCUGGCCUGCUGUCUGGAGGCCGGGAUACCGACACAGCGGGUGGCACUUCGCCAUCGCAGUCCAGCCCGGUGGUGCUGGACCCUGCCAAGCAGGACAAGGUGGCCAUUAGUGAUGGCUGCCGCAAGGCUUUUGCCUCACUUGUAGUUCCCAAAGGCAAGUCCAAGGGCUGUCAGGUCACAGGUGUUCUCACCGCACCUGAAUGCCAAGCACUUCUGGCCUGCGCUCAGCAGCGGGGGUUCUCUCUUGAGAAUCGGGCUGGUGGCGCCUCUGGCCGUCUUGUCACCAAGGACCCUUGGCUUGCAGAGCAACUUUGGAAGCGAUUGUCCGGCUUGGUGCCUUGCAUCAUCAAGGGGAAGAAGGUCCUGGGCAUCCAGGAUGACAUGUUCUUGCAGUGUGGAGCACGAGGUGCUGCCGUGGCAGAUGGCAGCGUGGCCUUGCAGGUGUGCUUAGACUCAAGCCAGCUGUCCGCAGGCGACGCGUUUAUUCUAACAGCGCCCGAGGCUGGGCCCACUGGCGCGUGGCUCACGGCCUUGAUGCACUGUGGCAAGCGCUCCUGGCUCAGCGCUGCACAGGAGGCACUGGGCCUCGGUGGUCCGGCGCCCGAGCGCCGGUUGCGCCUGGGAGCUCUCACUCUCGUGGCCUCCCUGGCCUCCAUGUUAGUGGUUCUGAGGGGCCAGAAACGCCUCAAGUGACGGAAGUCCAGAAAGAUGCAAGGAUGAUGAAAGAAAACAGCUUUCUCGGUUGUAAGGUAUGGAAGUGAAUGGCGAUACAUUCACGAAUCGGGGCCUAGAUUUCAUGCAUGAUUCCUGAUACGUGCCUGAGGAAACUGCUCAGCACACCUGCUCGUUCUCGGGCAUCCAACUUGGUUUCAAUUGAGUCCAGAUGGCCUAAAUGUGAACGUACGAGUGCCGUACUCGUGCACCCACGCGAGAA